UUUCAUGAUUAAACAAUCAUUCAAAGCCAAAGUAGCCAUAAUGUUAUCUUAUAUUGGUACAAAUUAUCAUGGACUACAAUAUUAACCAGAUUAUCCAACUAUUGAAUCUAAUCUAUUUCAUGCUCUCAUUAAAACAGUAAUUUAUAAUCAAAUCAAGGAAAUUAGUAUCACAUUUGAAUGCUGAUAGUAUUAAAAAAAUUGGAAUUACUAGGGGAGCUAGAACAGAUCGUGGAGUACAUGCAUUAUGUAAUAUCAUCUCAUUGAAAUUAUAAAUUGAUCAAAAAUAUUGUUAAUCAAUGACAAAUAAUAAAUUAGUUGAUAAAUGGAAUAUUGAUUGGGAUCUUUUAAUUAAUGAAUUGAAUUCUCAAUUACCUAAAGAUAUCAAAGUUAAUGGAAUCAAACAUGUUACUCAAUCAUUCAAUGUAAAAAAUCAAGCAGAUUAAAGAAUGUAUAAUUAUAUUUCACCACAAUUCUCUUCAUCUGAUCAAAUACAAAAAAUAUGUAAUGAAUAUUUAGGUACUCAUAAUUUUCAUAAUUACACAUCAAAAAAAGAAUAUAAAGAUCCAUCAUCAAAAAGAUUUAUAUAGGAAUUUAACGUUUAACCUUUCAAAUUUAAUGAAGAAAACUAUUUAAAAUUCACCAUUUUGGGAAAUAGUUUCAUGUACCAUUAAAUCAGAAAAAUGAUAGGAACUAUUUAUUAAAUUAUACAAGAGAAGAAAGACCUUGAAUUUAUUAAACAAACCUUUUCUGAAAAAUAGCAUUCAUUAUAUAUAGCUCCAUAACAAGGUUUAUAUUUAAGAGAAAUCAAAUUCUUUGGUUAUAAUAUGAAGCCAGAUAUUCCAUAGAAAUUGGAAUAUGAUUUCAAACAAUAGAUAUUGAUUGAUGAAUUUGAAGAUGAGUUGAUGAAAUACAUAUGUGAUUAAUAUGAAAGGGAAAAUAUCUUUGAGGAAUGGUAUAAAGAGAUAUAAUAAUAUAAACACUGA